AUGGUGGCUGAAAUGGAUGGCGCUGGGUGGCCUCGAAUAGCAUCGGUAUUGAUACGAUGCAAAAUGUUGACGCCAUCAGCUGCUGAGAAGGACAUGCGGUGGCAGCGAAAAGGGAGUGCGGAAAUCGCAUACCUGCGUGAUGCCAUCUCGAACCACAGCAGCUUUCUGUUCCUGGUGCUCUUGGCAGCGCAGUUUGGGUUGCAGCCGCUACUGACAAAGCAGCUCCUGCCACGGGGACAUGUUCCCCAGGUCUUCCUGUUGAGCUCCAACUUCUCGAAGAUACUCAUCUCUCUGCUCAUCUUGCUGUUCGGCAACACUCGCGAUGAAGUUGCAGACAUCGCCCGCAGCUGGAGUUUGCGCGAGUCCGUCUUAAAGGCUGGCUUACCGGCGAUAAUGUUUUCAAUGCAGGGCUGGCUGCUGCAGGUUGGUCAAGCCCACAUCGACUCUCUCAGUUUCAACCUUCUCAAUCAGACGAAGACCCUGUCAGCAGCGCUCAUGUGCUACUUGCUUCUGGGCAAGAGACAGUCCCGAGUUCAGUGCUUCGCUUUGGUGCUGCUCUUCGUCUCAGCGUUGCUGCUGGGCACGAAGGGUUUUUCCAGCAAGAGCUCAAGGGACACAGCCGGCGCCGAUGCUGGCGACGCCUUCUUUUUCGGAGUCCUACCCGUGGUCACUGCGGCACUCAGCUCUGGCCUGACAGCCGCCAUGACACAGCGGACAUUGAAGGGUGCACAAGGGCGGAACAGCUGGCUGUAUUCAAUGGAACUGUCGAUGUGGGGCUCUGCCUGCCUGCUCGCAGGUGUUUGCUUCAGCAGCGACGCCCGGGGUCGACUAGUGCAAGGACCCUAUCAGGGCUGGUCAGCGCUGAGCGUCCUGCCCGUCAUGACGCAGGCAGUGGGUGGCAUCCUCGUCGGGCUCGUCACGAAGUAUUCCGACUCUGUAAAGAAGGGCUUUGCGCUCGUCUCUGGCAUCGUGCUGACGACCUUGGCACAGGCUGUUUUGGAGGAUGCACCGCUAACCUCAGGGCACUUAAUAGCAGCGGUCCUGGUUGCCAUUUCGACCGUGCUUCAUGCAGAGUUUCCGCCGGUGCAGCUGCGGAAAGCGAAAAGCAUUUGA